AUGCGUAUCCCGUUCCUGACCAGCAGCGACCGCAAGUCGACUGGCUCUCGAAAGGCGGCGCCGAAGCAGAAGAGGGCCACGACGCCCAUCGCGGCGGCGUACUACCCCGACUGGUCGAGCGACAGCGUCCCGCCUUCCAGCCUCGACUUCUCGAAGUUCGACGUCUUGUUGUUUGCGUUUGCGACGCCGAAUUCCUCGAAUGGGAUCAGCUGGGAUGACGGCUCGACCUCGACCUUGAAGUCGCUCGUCAGCGCCGCUCACAAUAGCGGCCAUGGCACGAAGGUCGUUCUCUCCAUCGGUGGCUGGAGUGGCAGCCAAUCCUUUUCUCAGGUCAUGAAGGACGCCAACCGGGGCACCUUCGUGAAGGCAUGUGUUGAUGCUGUCAACAAAUAUAUCUCGAUGGGAUUGACAUCGACUGGGUUGGAAUACCCUAACGAGGACGGUGCAGGGAACCCGCACUCGUCGUCCGAUGCGGCGAACCUCCUCAGCUUCUUCACAUCCCUUCGGUCGGCCAUUGGGUCUGACAAGAUUAUCUCUGCCGCGGUCACUGAUCUGCCCUGGACUGGCUCAGAUGGCAAUCCCCUCAAGGAUGUCUCCGCGUAUGCCGACCAGAUGACCUACGCAAAUAUCAUGAACUACGACAUCUUCGCAAUGGACCGCCGCCGGUUUCCUGCCAACCAGCUCAUGCUCGGUCUUCCCCUGUAUGGGUACGUGUCCAAGAGCACGAAGACGUCGCUCACGGACGGGACGCUCCAACACACCAACGGCAGCGACCUGGAAGCCUACCGCGAGGAAGUGCUCGGCCUGGCUGGAAAGAGCUACGCCGCAGCGCAGGCGCCGGCUGAUCUCGAUGAGGCAGACAAAGCCGGCGAACCUGUCUACAUGGCUUCUGGUGAUUUGAGCUCGUACUAUGGCCAGCAGAUCGCGUUCAGCGACCUCAUAUCUUCGGGAGUCCUGAAGGAGGCGUCUGGGACGUUCUCGGCCGCGAACGGCUACACCUACGCAUUGGAUAACUGCAGCGAUACACCGUUCAUCUACGAUACCUCGCGCAAGACUGUAGUACUUACGACGACCCAUCGUCGCUCACCGACAAAGCCAAUACGCGAAGAACUCUGGGCUAGGCGGCGCUUUCACUUGGUCCUUGAUCAGGAUUACAAUUAUGCUCUGCAAAAUGCCAUUCGCUCCGGUUUGGGGCUGUGA